AUGAUCGUCCCCUCAUUGAAGCGCGGCACGUUGUCGCUGGCGGCUGUGUCGCUUCUUGCUUCUUCAGCUGCUGCGGAGGUGUUUGAGCGACUUGCAUCCGUGCCUACUGGAUGGCACCACUCUCGCGCACCAAAGGGCAGCCAGCCCAUAAACUUGCAGAUAGCUUUGGCACAGGGCGAUGUCGCUGGAUUCGAGAAAAGCCUGCUGGAGAUGUCGAGCCCAGACCACCCUAAUUACGGUCAACACUACCGGACCCAUGAGGAGAUGAAACGCAUGUUACAGCCAAGUGCUUCAUCGGUCGAUGCUGUGAGCAAAUGGCUGCGGGACGCGGGCGUUACAGACUUUCAGCAAAGCGAUGACUGGAUCUCCAUCCACACCACCGUCGCGUCGGCCAAUGACCUCUUGGAAGCAAACUUCCAGUACUAUGUCAAUGAUGCCCAGCACGUGGAGCGACUUCGCACAUUGGAGUACUCAAUUCCAGAUUCGUUGGUGGCCCAUAUUAAUCUGGUGACACCUACCACCCGCUUCGGCCAGUUGCAUGCCGAUGGUACUACAAUUCGCGACAAGAAAACCGAUGUAAAUAAUCGUUUCCGCCAGGCGCUCGGCGUUGUGGGCUCUACCAGUACUGAUUGCAACCAAGCCAUCACUCCGCAAUGCCUGAAGGAUCUCUAUUCCAUCGGCGACUACGAGGCCAACCCAGACAACGGCAACAGCGUCGCUUUCUCCAGCUUCCUCGAACAGUAUGCGCAGUAUGCCGACCUUGCGCUCUUCGAGAAGAACAUUGCCAAACACGCCGCCGGCCACAACUUCACCGUGCAGACCGUCGCAGGCGGCAAGAAUAUUCAAGGUGGCAGCGGUGACAGCAGCGAGGCCAACCUGGAUGCGCAACAAUCGAGUAUAGCACCGGCGGCCGUGGCCCCCCUCGUUCCCGAUCUCGACCAGCCCGACCCCAACAACGACAACAACGAGCCCUACCUCGAUCUGCUGCAGUACCUCGUCAAGCUCGACGAUUCGGAGCUCCCCAAGGUCCUCUCCACCUCGUACGGCGAGGACGAGCAGAGCGUCCCCGAGAAAUACGCCCGCAGCGUCUGUAACUUAUACAGCCAACUCGGCUCCCGCGGCGUCUCCGUGAUCUUCUCCUCCGGCGACUCCGGCGUCGGCGCCGCCUGCGAGACCAACGACGGCAAAAACACCACCCACUUCCCUCCCCAGUUCCCUGCCGCCUGCCCCUGGGUCACCUCUGUCGGCGCCACGACCGAGAUCUCCCCCGAGCGCGCCAGCACCUUCUCCUCCGGCGGCUUCUCCGACCUGUGGGACCGCCCGGACUACCAGAACGAGGCGGUGUCCGCGUACCUGACCAAACUGGGCGACCAGUGGGCCGGCCUGUUUAACCCCAAGGGCCGCGCUUUCCCGGACGUUGCCGCCCAGGGCCAGAACUACGCGAUCUACGAGAAGGGCCGGCUGGGCUCUGUGGAUGGGACGUCGUGCUCGGCGCCGACCUUUGCGGGCGUGAUCGCCUUGCUGAAUGACGCGAGGAUCGAGGCGAAGCAGGCGCCGCUUGGCUUCUUGAACCCGUGGCUGUAUUCGUCGGCGGAUGCGCUGAAUGAUGUUACCGUGGGUGGGAGUACCGGAUGUGACGGGAAUAGCAGGUUUGGGGGUGCGCCCAAUGGUGGUCCGGUGGUGCCUUAUGCGAGCUGGAAUGCUACUGAGGGCUGGGAUCCGGUGACGGGGCUUGGGACGCCGAACUUUGCGAAGCUGAGGAAGGCUGCGAAGGUUUGA